AUGUCGUUUACCAACCAUCUAUUUAAUGUUAAUAGCCUUCGUAAUCAAUACAUUGGCGUACGACAUGGUGAAUCCGAAGCGAACGUUGCUCAUCUUAUCAGCAGUCAUCCACCUGUAGGAACUAACAUCCAUGGACUUUCUCCGACUGGACAAAAACAAGUUGUGGAAAAUACAAAAUCGUUUCUUGAGAGCAGCUCACCUAAUGCUUCUUAUGUGAUUAUUUCAAGUGACUUUCGUCGUGCUCGUGAGACAGCCGAGAUUCUUGCAUCGACUCUUUCUUUAUCUAAUGGAAAUAAACCAAAUGUUCAGCUAGAUCCACGCUUACGUGAACGUUUCUUCGGUAUUUAUGAUGGCACAAGUGAUGAGAAUUAUGAGCUCAUUUGGAAAACUGAUGAAGAUAAUCCAGCGAAAAACAUUACUGAUCAAGUAGAACCUCCGGAGAGCGUUCGAGAACGAACAACAGCUUUAAUUAAGGAACUUGAAGAUAAAUACGAAAAUCAAACCAUUUUUCUCGUCAGCCACGGCGAUUCGUUACAAAUUUUACAAACCGCUUUUCAACGUCUUCCAAAUGCAAAUCAACAAAGACAUCUGAAACAUUUAGAAAGAGCUGAAUUUCGACGUUUAAUUUUGAAAUAA